AUGGAUUUUGUAGUGGGGUUGCCCCGAACCAUUAGGAAUAAUGAUGCCAUUUGGGUUAUAGUCGACAAGUCGACCCAUUUUCUACCAAUGUCAAAUGGGAUAUCAAUGGAGAGGCUGGUAGAGAUGUAUAUGAAAGAAUUCGUAUGCCUCCAUGGUGUUCCAAUGAGUAUAGUGUCUGAUCGAAACUCCAGAUCUCCCUUAUAUUGGGAUGAAAUAGGCGAGAAACUGAUCACUGGCCCUGAUUUGAUGGAGCGAACUUUGGAGAAAAUUAAGAUCAUACGAGAAAGGUUAAAAGUAGCCCAGGACCGUAACAAGAGUUGGGCGGAUUCAAAAAGAAAACCUUUGGAGUUCCAACCGGGAGAAAAGGUAUAUUUGAAGGUGUUCCCUACCAAGGGGGUGAUGAGAUUUGGACGAAAUGGCAAGUUAAGUCCGAGAUAUGUCGGACCUUACGAGGUAUUGGAUAGAGUUGGACCUCUGGCGUAUCGACUGGCUCUCCCACCUGCUUUGUCAAGGAUACAUAAUGUGUUCCAUGUCUCCCAACUGAGGAAGUAUGUAUCACACCCGAGUCAUAUUUUGGAGGACCAACCCAUCGAGGUGAAGGAGAACCUAUCAGUGGAGGAAGUUCCCUUAAGAAUCGUGGAUCGAAAGGACCAAGUUCUGAGGAGAAUGACCAUACCCUAUGUCAAAGUGCAAUGGACGAACCAUACACCACGAGAGGCGACUUGGGAAUUAGAAGAGGACAUGCGGAAUAGGUACUCAUAUCUCUUUGAUCAAGUUACGCAAGUUUUGGGGACGAAACUUUUCAUAAGGGGGGUAGAAUGUGAAACCCACGACUAUUUUGAAGAGUAUGAAUUGGUCUAUGUAGAGGACCCUGAGGAUGACUUUUAUUAG